GUCUCACAACACAGACUCAGGAAAGCAACAGUGCUCGACAGCUACUUGUCACAGAAGCCCAGUGAAUUAAACGCGAUACCAACUUUCACAUCGUCAAUCUCUCGCAGCAUUUACAUUACGAAGUUUUAGCCCCAAGGCACAUCUUGCAAAUAUGAUCAAGAAAAUGACGCCUUCGGAGAACGAGUUCGACAUCCCAGCAAAAAACUGUUACAGGAUGGUAAUUCUGGGUUCAACCAAAGUCGGUAAAACGGCGAUCAUCUCCCGGUUCCUGAACGAAAGGUUCGACGACCAGUACACACCGACCAUUGAAGACUUCCACAGGAAAUUCUACAGCAUCAGGGGAGACGUUUACCAAUUGGACAUUCUGGACACUUCUGGAAAUCACCCUUUCCCUGCAAUGAGGAGGCUGUCCAUUCUAACAGGUGAUGUCUUUAUCCUGGUAUUCAGCCUGGACAACAGAGACUCCUUCCAGGAGGUCCAGCGUCUGAAGCAACAGAUCUUCGAGACCAAAUCCUGCCUGAAAAACAAGACCAAAGAGAACGUAGACGUUCCCUUGGUGAUCUGUGGAAACAAAGGCGACCGUGAGUUCUACAGAGAGGUCCAAGAGGAUGAGAUCCAGCAGCUAGUGGCAGGCGACGACCAGUGCGCCUACUUCGAGAUCUCGGCGAAAAGGAACACUAACGUGGACCGCAUGUUUCAGACACUUUUCACCAUGGCGAAACUGCCGAACGAAAUGAGCCCAGACUUGCACCGGAAAGUUUCGGUGCAGUACUCCGACAUGCUGCACAGAAAGUCUUUCAGAAGCAAGAAGCUUAAAGACGGAGAUGCAUACGGCAUCGUUGCGCCGUUCGCCAGGCGUCCAAGCGUGCACAGUGACUUGAUGUACAUAAGAGAAAAGGCCAUCGGCGGUGGCCAGGCGAAAGAUAAAGAGCGCUGUGUCAUCUGCUAAGAACUGUUCUGCGAGUGUGCAGGAGAACUACUACAAUGACAUGUGAGCGCAACUGCAGUUGUUGCUCGUCGCCCUGCGUGGAAGUCCAGCGGCAAGAGACCCUGAGAGCUUUGACAGGAGCUGUUCGUCACGGUCCUGAAUCGUGAGGCUUCGCGACGAGGAAACAUGUUAUGUUUGCGACCUUUUUUCUGCGGCGUCUUAGCACUACAUACAUAGUGAUGUGUCUUCAGAGAACCGGGACUGAGCUGUUCAUUUCAACAACACGCUAAGAAGUCUGUGUUUAAGAGUACUUUGCAGAAAGGUGGAAAAGACAUUCGAGCUGUGGGGAGGAAUAGACCUACUGAUGUUUACAUUUUGUUAUAUUUUAUAACAGAUCAUUUUGAAUGUUUGUUUUGAAAUGAACAAAUUAUAUUGUGAAUGUAUAUUUAUUAUCACGUCAGCGUUUACGUUUUCGAGAAAAAAGAAAAGUAUUAAAAAAGAAAUCCUAAAACGUAA